AUGGCGAAUUCUAUGGUUGUUGCAGUCUCUUCUCUUUUUGUCCUUUCAGUUCUCUUCUCCAAUGGCGAUGCAGCUUCCCCAAACGACGUCGUUUCCACCAUCUGCCCAAAAACUAGAAACCCUUCUUUUUGCUCGGACGUGUUGAAAUCUGCUGGCACCUCGGACCUCAAAGAGCUGGCCACCUUCACCCUUAACCUCGCCCAUGACAAGGCUGCUGAAAGCCGUGCCCUCGCCCAAUCCCUAGCAUCCAAGGCCGCCGAUCCCAAGCUUAACGACCGCUAUGCCACCUGUGCUGAACUCUACGACAAUGCCGCCGACGGCAUCGAGGAUGGGAAGAAAUACUUGGGGGAAGGUGACUACAAUGGCGUCAACAUUAAGGCGUCUGCAGCCAUGACGGAGGCCGGCGACUGUCUCGACAGCUUUACGCAGCCGCCGGAGGACCCAUCGGCACUGCCUGGCAACGGGAAGGCUGUGGAAGAUAUUUGUAGCAUCAUCUUGGUUAUAGCCAACCUUCUUAUUGGGUCGGUCUAA